AUGACCCUCACCUACAUCAUCCCGCCCUAUCUCCUCAACACCUGUCUUGGUAGCGAGCUCCAGAACAGGCUCGCCCAGAAGGACCAGGAAUUGAGUGUGCUCAACGUCAUAUCCACUGGCUCCAAGUACUACCACAACCAUGUGCCUAGCCCGGGGUCAGAUCACUCGUUCUCCAAGGACCCAGUGCUAAACGACAUCAUCAAGCUCAAGAUCUUCUACAAGUUGCUGUUGCUAGGCGUGCUUGGCAACAGUCCCAGCGAGAUCAACGUCACCCAGACCCUGUUCAUCUAUGACUACUACCAGAUCUUCGAGGACAGGCUUUUGUUGGAGGAAGCCGAGUGGGAGAAGUCAGAGGCUAGUGGCGAGUUCGUGGACGAGUUCAUCAGCUUGGCAGCCUUGAAGGGCCACACAUCCAUCUUCAGCUCCGCCAAGGACGGCGAGAUCGUCCUCAGGGUGCCUCCUGGCUACGCCCACUACAUGAACCUCCCGUUGAAGCAAUUGCUCCAGCAAACCAAGUUGAAAGAAAACAGACGGUUUGACAGCUCGUCGAGCUUUCUCAAGUUUGACGACGCCUCCUUCUUCGAGUACCCGUUGCCUCUCUCGUGGACUCCGUUGAUUGAGACAAAGUACUUGGACUACCUCACUGACGCCUACAACUUGAAGGUCGAAUGCGACUCCGGCUACUCCACCAUCACCAUGAACUCGAACUCACACUACAAGUCCACGUUGGACAGCUCUGACGACGUCGACAACUUGAUUUUGAAGGAACAGGAGUCCCGUUACUACAACUUUGUCACCGAGAAACCAAUUGGUUCUUCCACGGGAAUAUACUACUACGAAGUCGAGGUGGAGCAGGAAAUCACCGAGUCCACAGAGUUCUUGCCGUUGAUAGUCAUGAACGAUAGCUCGUUGUCUUCGGAUUGCUCGUUAGCCCUCUCCACCGGUUUCACCAAGAGAUUCGUCAAUGUGAAGCCCGACCACACCACUACCUCUGUGUCUUAUCAGUACACCAAGUUGGACUUGGAGUCCUUGAAACAAACCCUCUACAACGACAAGCCUAACGACGUGAUCCACAUACUGUCGAAGCCCGGUGAAUUGAGCGGAAGUUAUGCGGUCAACUUCGAGGACCUGUCCUUCUAUAACUCCAUGAAAAGCUUGGAGUCGGUCCAGAGAACAACCGUUUUGAACAUGAAUAGGAGACUCUCAUCCUUGAAUAGAACCAGUUUGAACGAUUCCGAUAACGGAAAGCUUGACAUUGGGAUACCAUUCAAGACUCACUUGAUAACCGACACCACGAAGAAGAAAGUUUACAAGACCGAUAUAAUCGGCUGUGGUAUCAACUUCAUCAACAGCUCGAUAUUCAUCACUCUAAAUGGUAUUUUGGUCAAAGUCAUUACUCAGGAUGAAUUGGCUAGUUCGCAUUCCUCGUCCAACAAUCUUUUUGAAAGCUCAAAGUCCAGUGAUAAUUCCGUCUACCCUAUUAUUGGGUUUAAGGUAAAGCAAGACUCACCAAUGAAGUCAGGCCUCGAUGAUUCAAAAGUGCAAAUAAAAAGUAAUUUUGGAUUCAGGGAGUUCAGGUUCAACAUUUCUAACUAUGUUCAAAAUUUCAAAGUCGAGAACCAACGAUUCUUAUAUUUGUCCUUGUUAGAUAAAAUUGAGAUGAACAAACUGGUACUUUCUGAUAACUCUUCAAGCGUGGAGAAAUCACUUUUAAACAUUAACGAUGAUUCUAAAAUGCUCAAUGGAUUGAUUAAAGGAUACCUCAAUCACCAAGGUUAUUUGGAAACCUUCAAAUCUUUCAAUAAUGACUUGAAAAAUUUGGCAGAGGAAACUCAAUUAAACGAGCCCAUCGACUUUGAUAAGGAUGAGCAGAUAUUACAACAGUCACAUGGUGUUAACAGACAUGUGAUCAAGAAAUACUUGAUGUCUAACCAAUACGAUAACCUCUUCAAAUUUUUGAAAAUCAACUAUCCUGAUCUACUUGAGAAUAAUCGUCACGAGGACCUCGAUAUUUCCUUCGAGUUGAAAAUGUUGAAAUAUACCUUUUUGUUGAAAAACUAUAUCGAAAAGAAGCUUGACGACGAAGAGUUUGACUUCGAAUAUCAAUCAACUCAAUCGGAGACAGAGUUGUACGACAAGGCAUUUGAAUACAGAAUGAGCUUAUUCAGGGAGAAGUUUUCAGAUGAAGCAAAGAGUCAAAGAUUCAUUGGCCUUUCCAAUGCCUUGUUGGUAAAGGAUAGUGAAGGAUUGAAAAAUUUACCUGGUGUGGUUGGGGCAUUUCAAAACUAUUCAAAGCAUGUCGUUAAGAUUUUAGCAGAAAUUAAUGAGAGGAUCUUGAAGAAAGCAGGCUUUAGUGGCGUUUCGAACUUGGAGCUGAUUUUCGAAAGUGUUGCCAAAAACAUCAAGGACUUAAGUUUUGAAGUAAAGGAUGAUAAGUUCAUGUUGGUUAAUUUUGAACGGGAUCACAUGGAUUUAUAA